AUGUCAACUAAUCAGGGGAAAAAACGAAAAUGUGUUAAUCUUCUCAAUUACGAGGCAAUAAAAGAGAAGGCCACAGUGGAUAAAGAAUAUAUUGAAGGCAUUCGAGAAAGAAUAUCCAAAUUAAAAGAUGUUGAUAUUGAGCGUUUGUUGUCGGGCGCAGUCAAUCUUUGCGAAGAUGAAGCCCUUCAUAUUCUUAGCGCUAAAUUGUCGGUAAGAUGUUUAUACUUCUUGUGCGAUGCUAUAAGACAUGUUCCUGAUAACGUCAAUCGAGUAACAAAUGGCAUUCCAGUUCGAACGAAUUAUAUUUUCAAGUUAUUUACAAGCAUGGCCGCGGCGAACGGGCAAUGCGCAAAGGUGUCGAUUGACGAAUUGUCGACUUAUAUCAAAUUUAUUGAAAAAUAUUGCGAUGCGUUUCUCCGACAUGUUGAUAAUGAAGAGCAUUUAUGGCAGUUAACGAAAAAGGAAGAAAUCACUUUUAAUAAAUUCUUAACUCCUCCAGUUUCAAUAUGUUCGUCUUGCGAAAAGAAUUUGACUGUCAGAAACAACCCGUCGAAGGCUAAAUUGUUUACGUUGGAAGGCCCUAUCCCAUGCACAAAAAUUACGCUGGAGUGUAGACGAUGUUCUCAUGUUUAUGAUAUAUGCAACUACACCGAUACAUCUGGCACUCAUUUUUAUGUGGAACCAGCUGAUAUUGUUGAAAUAAGUGACGUUACAUUUAUGGAGAUGAACCUUUACAAGUGGUUUCCAGCUCUAAGGUAAGAUGUGCAUAUGUGGCGUUAUUUAAAUUAAGGUAUUGAUGCCAUACUUUUUGAAAUUUUAAUUUAUGUGUUUAAGUAUUGUUAUUUUCCCUUAGCAAUCAUUCUUGGGUGUCGUUUAGUGGCUUCUCAGAGGCAUAUAAUGAUGUCUGUGAAGAUACAAUACAUAAGUAUGCUUCAGUAGUUGCUGGCCAGACAGAGGCAGAAGGUAAAAGUUGGGGGCCGGGAAACAUCUUGGGGCUAAGUGGUCAGAUAAACCAUUUAGCCAAGGUGUAUCAAAUUGAUCCUUGGUAUAUGUUCUAAUUUCAGCAAAACUAAUGUUUCACAGUUUGGUGUAAGGCCCUGUUUACAUGAGACCGGAACAAAGUCAAACCGGGACCAUUUCGUUUUGGUCAUGGUUUUAUUUAUAAUAGAUGUUUACAUGAGACCGGGACGAAAAUAACUCAGACCGGUCUCAAGUCAUUCCGCCUGCUGAACCGAACCGACUGACUUCAGACCGGCAUGAAUUCAGACCGGGAUGAAUUUAAACAGAAAUACAGGUACAUUUCAGACCGGUCUCGGCUGUAACCUUGACAUUGGAACAACACAUGCUAGCAAAAGCCACCUGAAAAAGAAAAUUGCCUGGCAAGGGGAGUAAAUUGAAGACUUUGUGAUCCUCGUACCGGUCUCAUGUAAACAUGUUGACAAUUUCAAUUUUCAUUCCGGUUUGACUUCGUCCCGGCCUAAUGUAAACGGGGCCUAUAAGGCCCGGUUUAGACGGCGAACUUUUCAUGCGCCGAAUCUACUUGCCAUAGAUACGGCAAAAUAUUGGAAACUGAUUUAGACGUCGAACUUAAUUGUGCCGUAUCAAAUUGCGAGGACACUAUAUUGGACAUAUUUACAAUGCAAAUAUAUGAUAAUCAUAUUGUAAUGUUAAAAAAUUAAGUAUGCAAAAAAAAGCACGGCGUCUAAAUCGAUGUCGAACCUGUGUCGCAUAUACGACUUGUCUUGUCGCAUCUUCGAGUCGUGUCGAACUUAAUCAAAAUCUGCCGAACUUAAUUGAUUUAGACGCCGCUCCAGCGUCGCACUUAAUCCUUGCAUUCGAUUCGGCGCAUGAAAAGUUCGCCGUCUAAACUGGGCCUAAGUUAAAGGUUGAGGUCUACAUCAUUAAGCCUUGUGACCGUAUCAUUUCAGCAUUUUCAUCAGUCAGUAUAAUCUGUAGACAAUGCAGACUGGGGAUAAAAUGCUGACUAUGGGUGAAUGGUGGAUAUUUAAUAAAUUCCCGCCAAAUUGCGGUCAAGUGCUCGCUUUCUUGGCACUUAAUAGAGGGAUUAUGGUAUGAAGGUUUACAGUACCAGUUAAAUCAGGACAGUGAUCUGUCACCCGACUGCAAAUUAUUUGGCGUUAGUCAGCAUUUUAUCCCCAGUCUGCAUUUAUUUUUAUACCCCACACCCAGCCUGGUCUGCAGAUUAUACUGACCGGUAUUUUCAUUUAUUUGUUGUCAAUUCAACACAGUCUUAUCAUUAUGAAAACAUUCUCAGUAAUAUGUGUUUACUUAUUUUGUGAAUCAUAUAGACUUGGUGGCAGAGGAUGUUGUUGGUGAAGGCAAUGGAGCAAGAAACAUUAGUAAGUAAUGUUCACCUUUUAGUUGUUGAUAUGAUAUAUAUCAAUAUACAGUAUGAUAUUUAUACAUUAGUAUUAUCAAGAAUAAGAGUUGAGAUUUUGAAACCAGUCACAGUAUAAUUGAAUUCUUUGACUCAUUAUGAGGUGGAAAAGGAACUGGUAGUAAUGUUUAAGUUAAAACCCUUUUCUUAGAUGUUCUUCCUGGAGAAAUGUCGCCAAAGGUGAUUGCAAAGUGCUUUUGGCGAAGGGAAGUUGAAGAGGAACUUACUGGCCUAGGUUUGCGAGACGAAUGGGUCUUAUCAAAUAAAUCAACUGGCCCAUUAUCUGGUACAUUGGAUAAUGUUAUGGAAAUGGUGGAUAAAAUGCGUUGUGAACGGCUGUAUUCACACCAAUGCUCUGAACAUUGUAAGAGCAAAGGUACUGUCAUAUUUUAACAUUUACAACUGUAAUUAUAAACUGUCUUUCAGUGGUGUAACAGACAGCAGUGUAAGGUCAGAGUAAAGCAACCAUCCCCAAAGGACCCCUGGGCGAAUCUAAAAUAACAGCCUCAAUUUAAAAAUUGAAUUAGAAACUGUACAUAUUGUGACAGUUCAGUAGCCCAAUGCAAUAUUUUCUUUCACUGGAAUAAAAUUUCCAACUCUGUACUAUUAUCACUAUACUCUCUAGUCUUCAGCAAUUCAUUAUGAUUUUAUUGUAUUAUGUAUAUGCCAGGGGGGGGGGGGGCUCUCCUAAGGGCACCCAAUAGCUCUGUCACGCUCACAACACUGUUGCCUUUUGAAUUUUUUAUUCUUGAAAUUUAGGUUGUGGCCAAUUAUAUGUUGCUGAUGGUAAUUGGAAACUUCGUUACUGCCACUGCAUGUGGAAAGUCCCGGUUUCUCUACAUGAAUUUGGCCAAAUUAAUAACCCCAACAUCUGUCCUUUGAGUCCAAAACGUGGCCAUGCAUUUUGCCAGCUCCACUGUGUGAGAGCUGCUGCUUUAGGAGUUCCAUCUGAACUAAGACAGUUCUACAAAUACUGUGGAUUGAACUUUAAGGACAAGGAUGAAGGUUAGCUUUGGAAUAUUGUUAGUUAAUUCAUAAAAUUGAAAUGAGAGUGAUAUAUUGACCAUUACCCAGUGGUGUGAAGAUAUGGAUUUUAUCUUCAAGUGCAGAAACAAUAUUUACAAAUGAACACAGCAAAUAAGUUAAUUAAGUAUUGUUUUCAACACAUUGUUAUUGAAGAUAAAAUUCACAUUUUCAAACCAUCAUGUAAUGCUAUUUUUAUUAUGCAGUGAAAUAUGGAUGAAAAGCAAAACAUUCAUUACCAAAGCAAUGAAUUAGCAAGAAAGUGAUCAAUAUCUUCACAGUAGACAACAGGAUUAUAUGGAAAAUACAGUAUAUGUAAGGUAUUGUCUUGAUAUCUUCAAGACAAUACCUACACAUAUAUUUUCCAUAUCUCACUGUCUACUAUACAAGAAAGUAAAUUAUUACCUUAUGACUGAAUUUAUGAUGUCAUGAAGUAUAUAAAUGAUAUAUAAUCCCCAAAUAGACAAAAGAGUUUCAUAACAAUGCUCUAUACUUGCGCAUUAUAUUAACUUUUACAUGGAAGGUGAUGGGCGAUUACCGAUUACUUGGUAUCGAUACCACCCGAUACCAGGCCCAAACAGGAAGUAGUCGAUACUGCACGGCAUCUAAAAGUGUUUCAAUUACUUUAAAAUUAGACAUUCGUUAUAAUGCUGCAGUUGUGUCAUCAUUUUCAUGGUUAUUUCUGAUAACAUUUAUGUACUUUUUGGUAUUUUGCUGCAUUUAUCAAUUUAAUCAAACUUCCUUGUCUCCUCAAACUCUCAAACUUCCUUUAAUCAAACUUCCUCAUUUAUUCUCGCCGACAUAAAUUAUGAAAAAGGCGGGAAAUAACAUAAUUUUUGUGGGUUUUUUUAUUAAAAUGGCGGACAAAUUGUUACUGUUAAAAAUAUGUAACUUUUUGAAAAUCUGAGGAAGUAAUCGUUGGGUAAUUGAUAACUCGAUACUUUAACCAUGGAUAAUAAAAUAAAUGGAUAGGACUCUCGCUGACGUAAGCAAAAACAACCUAGUUGCAAUCUGUGACGUCACACCACUUUGCCAUUAACUUUAUUCAUUUUGUCUGCUCUCCCCUCAAACUCAUAUUGGUAAUGCAUAUAUGUGUUCAUGAAGUAUUUUUAUGGUAUUGAACUUGAAAUAUGAAUUUUUUCUACUUCCAUAGCCCUUGAAGAAAUCUCAGAACAAGCUAUUCUUGCAGGUACUGUGAAGUAUGAUGUAGCUUACAUUAACCCUCCAAGGGGAUGUUUAUAUGGAAUCCAGGCUGGCCCAGUUAGCGAGACAGCCCGGUAAGCGAGAUCUUGCUAUGUAGUUUUUUUUAAUAGUAAAAAUUACUUUCCAUUUAUAUGUACAAGCGGGCUGGCCCAUUUGCAGAGAUCUCACUAGAAAGAGUUGAGAUCUCGCUUACCAGGAUGAAAAUUUAUCCAUAUAAACACUCACAAGCGUGCUGGCCCGGUUGUUGGGAUGAAAGUUCAAAGAUGCAGCUGCAAACUAAUUUUAACAACUGUCAAAACAACAAAAUUGUCUCAGCAAGCGGGAUGAAAUUUUCUCAUAUAAACACAAGAGAAAUUCUUCCCGCUUACCAGGCUGUCUUGCUAAGUGGGUCAGCGCGGUUUCCAUAUAAACAGCCUCUAAGUGCAAAUGAUUUAUGCUUGUUAGUCAUUAAAUUCAUUUCACUGAGAGGACUUCGAAAUUGAUAAUAUUUAUAUUAUUUAUCAUUUAAAGCAAGCCAAUCACAACUGUAUGAUGUUGUACAGUACAUUAAUAAUUUAACAUUAGUUAACGGCAGAGUAUCCGAGUUUGAUUGAGUAGUUGGCAAAUGUUUCAGAAUUGGCAUUUGGCAAUGUAAUAAUAAACGCAGAACUGCCAAUGAGGUACUGCAGUUAUUUAGAUUGGUUUGCAGCUAUUAUAAAUUAGGACACAAAGGCAAAUUUAAUGCAAACCUCAUGCUAUGCCCCAAAUAUAUGUAAUGGGGAAACAGAAAUAUUUUAAAAAUGUGUGUACUUUAGUUAAUGGAUGAAUCAAAAGGUUGGUUGGCACACAUCCAUUGUCUGACUAAGCUGUUUAUGCUGUUUUUCAUUAACUGAUUCUAUGAAAUCUAAAAAAUAUUUUAAAAUGCAUUCGACUCUUCAUUCUUGAUAGAAAGUUCAUCUGAAAACAUGGCUUCCUGCCUCGAAAGUAUUUCAGGAACAAAACAAGACAGGAAUGAUUAUAAUGCAACUUCAUUUCAAGGUAAUUAUAAUCAAAAGCAGGUUUAUUUCCAUCUUUCUAAAAUGAUCACCUGACUAUAUUCGUUUUGAAUUUGAAAGGAACAACAGAUUUUUUGGAGAAAAAUCCAAGCUUUGUUAAAGAUCAAUCCUGUGAUGAGGAGACAUCCUGCAACAAAGAUACUGGUGGACUGAAAGCUCUCCAUAGUUGGUCAAGAGGCAUAUUUUUUAUUGUCAGCGCUGGUGGGCAUAUUGAGUACUGGCAGCCACUUUACAGGUAAAAUGGUUUUUGAUAAGCUGAUAGGUUCAGUGUAACUCAAAAUGAUUUUUUACCAUAGACGGAUUUUUUGGGGGUGCACCCCCAAAAAUAUUUUGCAUCCCCCAAAAAAAUAUUUUUCCCACCCCACCUAGAAAAAGUUCCACCCGAAAAAAAACAUUUAAAUGCUCAUUGGGAUAAAUGACAGUAGUGUGAUUGAGAUAAAGGUUUUGAACUAAGAAAGGGGGCUUUGUCCCCUUACCCUCAUUACCAACUGUGCCCCCAAACCCCUGCUGCAUCUUGUUUAGCGGCAUUACGCACCCUGUCGCUCAACCCCCUAAAUUUUUGGUAGACCCCCUCCCAACCAAAGUCUGAAAAUCCGACUAUGUUCUUUACUAUAGUAUAUUAAUGAACAACAAAGAUUAUCGUUUAAUUCUUACAUUAGAAAUACUAAUACCUUUUAACCAUAAUGGGAAAAUAAAUGUCUUUGUGAUAGUUAUUGUUCUACUUAUUUUGGACCUGUGAAAUGGUAAAAUUGUGUUAUACUUAUGAUUUUUAUUAUUCAGGUCUGAAUCGCCAACUCAAGCAUUCGUAGUAACCAUCCUAUGGCUUUACAGAAAAUUUAAAGGGAUGAAGAAUGAGUUCUCUGAUGAUGACAUCAGGCAGGCAAUGUCAUCAAUUUGUCUUGCUUAUGACAACAUGUGUCACAUGGAUAGCCUGAAAAUUGCCAAAAGAGACCUUCCCUUGCCCAAACCAUUUGAUGAAUGCUGGAAGCUGAUAUCAAAAGUGAUUGAUAGACUCCAUUUAAGAAAUCACGUGGAUCCUAAGUGUGAAAGAAUGUACAAUGCUGAUGAAAAAGUCCCACCACAAUUUAACACCAUGGCAUGUGAACAGAUCUUCAUUUGGGCCAGUCGCUUUAAGAAAGUCAUGUGUGCAAUGCCACAUGUUCAUCAGUUUUUUUCCUCCACAGGUUGGUUAAUUAUGUUCAUUUAA